AUAGAGAUCUUUUACUCAUCCUUUUUUUUCCGCACCGAAGAGUGUACACAAAUACUUCCGGUCUUCUAAAAAUCUACAGAAAAGUUUCACGUGUGUUGUCUACAAAAGUUCCUAAAUUUUCUCUAGGAAUGGUCUUGGUCUAUCUGUAGAUUAACUCUAGAUCUAAAAGAAAAGCAACAUCAUGGGAGUUUAUCUUUCUUCACCUGUUACUGAUAAAGAUUCCAUUGACCAGAAAUGUGAUAAUUUUAUCUAUGGUGCAUCAUCUAUGCAAGGAUGGCGCAUAACACAAGAGGAUGCUCAUAACUGUAUACCAAAUUUUCAUGCGGCAACAAAUACAUCUUUUUUUGCAGUGUAUGAUGGCCAUGGAGGAUCCGAAGUGGCUAAGUACUGUGAAAAACACUUCCCAGACUUUGUUAAAACUUUGAUGGCAGAGCAGGAUGGAUUUAGUGAUAAUAUCAAACAGUUUAUACAGUUGGCCUUUUUAACAUUUGAUGCUACCUUGACAGAUGAGGAUGUGAUUAAGGAGCUCAAAGAACUUGCUGGUAAAGAUGAUGAUGUUGAAGAUGAGGAAGAAGGUGACCCAGUUGGUAGAACAGAAACAGAUAUGCUUAAAGAAGAAGCUAAUAUGCCCUUGGACCAACUUCUUGCACAGUACAAAAGCAAAGAUGAAAACAAGGAUUUCAAGAGUCCAUUUUUAAUUGCACAACGCAAGACUUUAAAAGGUUCAAAAAAAGAUGAUGAAAACGGAGACGCUUCAUCAAUCUCUGUGUCUUCUUCAUCAUCUGCUGCUAAAGACCAAGAUUCAGACACCUUACUAAAUGGGGUAGACAAUGAAAACAACUCUAGCAGCUGUGCGGACUUGGAAAUCUUAGAUAAUGAAACAAAUAGUGACAAACAGAAAGAUAGUGUGAUAGAAAACAAUAACGAAAAAUCUUCAGCGGACCUAGACAGCCAAACAGACAAAGAAGUAACCUGCAGUUCUUCCUCAACAGGAGGAUCUAGCUGCAUAACAUCAGGAUCAAGAAGCAUAUCUGGGAGCUCUUCGGCUGAGGCUGCUUUGCCCAAUGAGGAGCAGCCAUCUGGCUCUGGACUGUCGAGUCCUGGAAUCAGGAAAAGCAAGGCGAAAGCAGCUGCAGAAAUGGCUAAACUGGAUGGCGAUGUGAAUUCUAGUGAUGAGGAAGAUGAUGAUGAGGAAGAUGAAGAUAUGUGGGAGGACAUGAGUGAUGAUGAUGAUGAAGAUGAUGAUGAGGAUGGGGAUCAAGAUGAAGAUGUACCUAUGAUGGAUGUAUCUAACGAAGAGCCUGGAUCUGAUAGUGGAUGCACUGCAUGUGUCUGUUUGCUCCAGGGAAAGCAGCUCAUUGUUGCCAAUGCUGGAGACUCUAGAUGUGUGCUGUCAAGGGCUGGAAAGGCCAUUGAACUCUCUUUUGACCACAAACCUGAAGAUGAAUGUGAGAAAACUAGAAUAGAAAGGGCUGGUGGAAAGGUGACCAGUGAUGGGCGUGUAAAUGGUGGUUUGAAUCUCUCUCGGGCUAUAGGAGACCAUGUAUACAAACGCAACAAAGAUUUACCAGCAAAAGAACAGAUGAUCACAUCUCUUCCUGAUGUUAAAAUAGCAGAGCUGUGUCCAGAAGAUCAGUUCUUCGUUGUAGCUUGUGAUGGCAUUUGGAAUUAUAUGUCAAGCCAAGAAGUAGUUGACUAUGUCUUAGAGAAAUUGAAAGACCCAGAAAAACGUCAGAAACCUUCUUUAAUUUGUGAAGAGCUGUUUGAUCAUUGUCUUGCACCCAAUACAUUUGGUGAUGGUACUGGAUGUGAUAAUAUGACCUGUAUUAUUGUAGUCUUGGAUAGCUUCCAACCUGCAACCAGUGAGCAAGUUUCCACACAGGCUUCAGAAAAUGUACCACACAACGUAGAGGAGGACAGAGAUGUGCCAUUGAAGGGCAGUGAUAGUGCUGAUAAAACAGAACAAGAUGCUACUGGGUCCAUAAAGAGAUGCUCAGAUAAUGUGGAGGCUAAUGAAGGCAGGGACAUUUAAAAAAAAUAAUUUCAAGGCUUUGCUGAAAAUUUCUAGUUUUUAUUUUCAUUUUUGUCAUAUGAAAGAAUAUCAUUCUUAGUAAAUUGUUGAUUAACAGGAUUAAAUCUUUUUUUGUUGUUGUUAUUAUAAAUUUUUUUGUGUGAGUCGUGUGGAUUUUUUGUUAUUGUAAUGUGAUUUGUUUUACAAAUCUUGUGUUGGAAACAAUAUAAUUUCUAGUUACUGAUGUAUUUUUCUUUUUAGAAUAAAGUACUAUGAGAAAGAAAGUAGCUAAUUUAAUGUGAAUUAUGGAUUUGUUUUGUUUUAUACUUUUUUGGUAAACAUUAAUAUACUUUAGCCUUUUUGUAUAUUUGCUAUGUAUAACUAUUUUAGUGGAACUGAUUACAGUCUAUGCAGUAGCCAGAUAUAAUUUUGACUGAAGAGUUAUUGAUCUUGGUCUCCCAUUGGCUA